AUGACUGCCAUGCAGCUGAGAAAAUUUGUUGACCAGCGCCCAAUGACCUUACCAAGUUUAUUUGUUCCUCAUCAAGGAAAGGACAUCAAAGGCUACCUCCCUAGCCAGCUGGCAAGAAUUCAUCUUGAUUAUAGCAGACAGGAAUCUCCCAGACAUUCGAUGCCUGUCGAACCAUGGUAUAAAGAGACGUCUUACCAAAGAGAUUAUUCCCUGCCAUUUUAUUCAUUUGAUCAGAAAAAGGGAUCAACCAUAAUUUUGAAAUCAAUGAAUUCAACACAACUUAAUUCUCUGCCAGAGUCCUACUGUUGUGAAGAAAACUUUUGA